UCUUGAGGUUGUAGACGCGGCGUCUCGGCCCGGCGUGUAACUAACAGAUGCGGGUGAAAGAACCUUCCAAAGCUUUACCCGAGAAAGCAAAAAGAAGUAAAAGGCCUGCUAUACCUCGUGAUGAAGACUCUUCAGACGACAUUGCUGUAGGUUUCACUUGCCCACAUGUAAAUCUUGCCAUCAGUGUGAAUCAUGUGAAGAAAGCAAUAGCUGAGAAUGUGUGGUCAGUUUGCUCCGACUGUUUAAGGGAAAGAAGAUUCUGUGAUGGGCAGCCAGUACUUUCCUCUGACAUUUGGUUGUGCCUCAAGUGUGGUUUUCAGGGAUGCGGUAGAAACUCAGAAAGCCAUCAUUCAGUGAAGCACUACAAGAAUCAGAGAACAGAAUCUCAUUGUAUUACAAUUAGUCUGAGCACAUGGAUUAUAUGGUGUUACGAAUGUGAUGAAAAAUUAUCAACACACUGUAAUAAGAAGGUUUUGGCUCAAACAGUUGAUUUUCUCCAGAAACAUGUUUCUAAAACACAAACAAGUGCAUUCUCUAGAAUCUUAAAACUUUGUGAAGAAAAAUAUGAAGCAGGUGAAAAAAAGAAAGGAAGAAAAGGCAACAGUGUAACACCUGUGAAAGGAAUUACAAAUUUAGGAAAUACUUGCUUUUUCAAUGCAGUCAUGCAGAACUUGGCACAAUCUUAUAUUCUUUCAGAACUGAUGAAUGAGAGCAAAGAAAAUGGUACAAAACUCAAGAUUUUUCCUUCCUCAGACUCUCACCUGGACCCAUUAAUGGUGGAACUUUCAAGCCCUGGACCAUUGACCUCAGCCCUGUUCCUGUUUCUUCAUAGUAUGAAGGAGACUGAAAAAGGACCACUUUCUCCUAAAGUUCUUUUUAAUCAGCUUUGUCAGAAGGCCCCUCGAUUUAAAGGUUUCCAGCAACAGGACAGUCAGGAGCUACUGCAUUAUCUGCUGGAUGCGGUGAGAACAGAAGAAACAAAGAGAAUACAAGCUGGCAUCCUAAAAGCAUUUAACAACCCAACUACUAAAACUGCUGAUGAUGAUACUAAAAAAAAGGUCAAAGCAUAUGGAAGAGAAGGUGUGAAAAUGAACUUCAUAGAUCGGAUCUUUAUUGGUGAAUUAACUAGCACAGUCAUGUGUGAAGAAUGUGCAAAUAUCUCCACAGUGAAAGAUCCUUUUAUUGAUAUUUCACUUCCUAUAAUAGAAGAAAGGGUUUCAAAACCUGUACUUUUGGGAAGAAUGAAUAAAUGUAGAAGUUUACAGGCAACGGAUACUGGUCAGUACAGUGACACUGUUACCAUAGAAAAUGUUCAGCAACCCAGAGCCACCAAGAACCAGUCUUCAUCUAAAGAUAAGAAUCAACUAGUUCACGGCAGAAAAUGUGUAAGAAAAUUACCAUCUGGAGAAGAUAGAGUGGCCGUCAUAUGCCGAGAAUAUGAAAACCCUGGGAUGAGUGGAGAUUCCUCAGUGUGUGCAGGCGUCGUGAGUACUGAGGCAGCUCUGGCCGAAAGCCCUACUGAUGGCAGCGAAAAAGAAGCCAGCCCUUCCGAAAGUAGUGCUGAUGCUGACAGUGAGGCUUCAGAAUCGGAAAGUACUUCUCAGCAGGCUGUCCUGUUGAGGUCUAGGAGUGGAUGCUGUGCGCACAAAAAUGGACCCCCUCCCCAGCGGCCACUCACCAAGGAGACUGGCAGUGGUGACGAGGGAGUGGCUGAAGCUAUUUCUGAACUGUAUUUGAGCAGCACUGUAACUGGAGAUAGAGAUCUUGACAGAGAAAAUAAGCCACCAGAUGUUCCAAAUAAUUUGUGUUCAUCACAGGAGAAGCAUGUGUUGUCUCCUAGCCCCCAAAAGGCUUUUCUUUCCCUUUCUCAGAGCUAUAUAACUACUUCUAAAGAAUGCUCAGUUCAGUCCUGUCUCUACCAGUUUACAUCUAUGGAAUUACUAAUGGGGAAUAACAAGCUUCUAUGUGAGAAUUGUACUGAAAAGAAACAGAAGUACCAAAAGGAAACCAUUUCUGCAGAAAAGAAAGCAGAAGGGGUUUAUACUAAUGCCAGGAAGCAAUUGCUCAUUUCUGCUAUUCCAGCAAACCUAAUUCUCCAUCUUAAAAGAUUCCAUCAGGCUGGCUUGAAUCUUCGAAAAGUAAACAGACAUGUCGAUUUUCCACUUAUUCUUGAUUUGGCACCAUUCUGUUCUGCUACUUGUAAGAAUGUAAAUGUGGGAGAUAAAGUUCUCUAUGGUCUCUAUGGCGUAGUGGAACACAGUGGCUCAAUGAGAGGAGGUCACUACACGGCUUAUGUGAAAGUGAGAGCACCCUCCAGGAAAUUAUUGGAGCAUAUCACUGGAAAGAAAAAUGUACCUGAUUUGAAAGAACCUGACAGUGAAUCGGCAGACCAAUGGGUCCAUGUUAGUGACACUUACGUGCAAGUGGUUCCAGAAUCAAGAGCACUUAGUGCACAAGCAUACCUUCUUUUUUAUGAAAGAAUAUUAUAAUUAUUUGUUAAUAAUUAAUGGUAAUGAUUAUUUAGAUCACUUUUGUUCAAAUGCUGCAAUGAUAACAUAAUAUGCAAUGUGCCUUUGUAGUCUUUUCUGUAGGAUUAGCAUGUCCCUCAAAUGCCCUUGGAGAUUUUUACCAUUUCUGGCAAAUCCUUUUAAAGUAAAUUAAAUUUACUCAGUGCUUUCAUAUGUAUAUUCUU